UAAGACCCGCCGCCGAACACACGCUACGCGGUUGGCUCUCGCUACGCUCUCACUGUACAAAACGAAUUAAUGUAAUAUUAAUGAAGUCGUUUAUUGGCUCAUACACGCGCCAAUCCUAAAGUGCUACUUCUUUAGGUUGGCUGAACCCCUUGUAUAUUAUUACUGGGGACCAGGCUAAAAGUAAAAAUGUUGCGGAUCCACGGCACUGGGAAAGGCUGAAUGGAGUCAACAUUGAGCGCAAAUAAAAUCCGUCUACAUUCAACCGGAGCACACCAAAUAUUGUCUUACAAAAAUACUGGCUUCUUGUAGUUCUCCAUAGACGUCCCGACCCUCAGCCUCCCCAUGCCUCCAUCUCCCCUUGACGACAGAAUUGUGGUGGCGCUGCCAAGGCCGAUCCGACCUCAGGAACUCCGACUGUGCCUGGACACCAGCUACCUGGACACCACCGUCACCAGCCCCGGCAGCAAGACGACGGUCAUCAGCACCACGGUGGUGAAGAUCCGGGCGACCAACCUCACGUAUAUGCCCUCAUCCAACGGCUCCACGCGCUCCCUGUCGUGUGGAUGCAGCAGUACCAGCUGCUGCUCGGUCACCACCUACGAGAAGGACAGCCAGCACAACCAGCGCCACCAGCAGAGCCACGUGAGCCAGGUUAGUGCCAGCAGCCCCAACCUCAGCUAUGCUGGACCCGCCUCUUCCUCCUCCAACCCAAUGGGCAUGGUCCACCAUGAGGCCUUUAGCGACCCCAGUCUCACCUCUGUGCCACCCAAGGCUCUAGGGUCCACCGUGCGGGUCAUCCACCCCAAUGAGCUGGCCAAGCGGAUGGCCAGGUGCCCCAUGGGCCACCCGGUCGGGCCAGUCCCGGUCAUCAUUGAUUGCCGACCGUUCAUGGAGUACAAUAAGAGCCACAUCCAGGGCGCGGUGCACAUCAACUGUUCGGACAAGAUCAGCCGGCGGCGGCUGCAGCAGGGCAAGAUCACAGUGCUGGACCUCCUGUCGUGCCGCGAGUCUUCCGGCAAGGACUCCUUCAAAAGCAUCUUCUCCAAAGAGAUUGUGGUGUACGACGAGAACACCAUGGAUCCCCAGAGGGUGACCUCCUCGCAGCCCCUCCAGGUGGUCCUGGAUUCGCUGAGGAGGGAGGGCAAGGACCCCAUCGUUCUCAAAGGGGGCCUCAGCUCCUUUAGACAGAACCAUCAGAGUCUGUGUGACCACUCCCUCCACCUCCACGAGAGCCUGGAUGCCGGCAUGGGCGUCAGUGGGGCCUCCGGCCACACGGGGGCGCUACCUCACUCCAUGUCCCUGCCCUCCACGCCGGACAUCGAGAAUGCCGACCUGACGCCAAUCCUGCCCUUCCUCUACCUGGGCAAUGAGCACGACGCGCAGGAUGCCCACACGCUGAAGCGCUACAACAUCGGCUUCGUGCUUAACGUUACCACCCACCUGCCACUCUACCAUUACGACACGGGCCUCUUCAGCUACAAGCGGCUGCCCGCCACCGACAGCAACAAGCAGAACCUGCGGCAGUACUUUGAGGAGGCGUUUGAAUUCAUCGAGGAAGCACAGCAAGCGGGCAUGGGCCUCUUGAUCCACUGCCAGGCGGGCGUGUCUCGCUCGGCCACCAUCGUCAUCGCCUACCUGAUGAAGCACACCUGGAUGACCAUGACAGACGCCUACAAGUUCGUCAAGACCCGGCGGCCAAUCAUCUCGCCCAACCUCAACUUCAUGGGCCAGCUGCUUGAGUUCGAGGAGGACUUGAACAACGGUGUCACGCCGCGCAUCCUCACGCCAAAGCUCAUCGGGGUGGAGACCAUGGUUUAGGAGGACACCGCCAUUCCUGCUUUAGGAGGACAUCCCACAGGCUACUCUUAACAGGCCGAUUCUGAGAGAGAAAUCUUUAUUUCAGAAUCAUGCUCUUUUGGGACUGUCACAGGAGUGCCAAAGUUCUGGGUCACCGGUGAUGAGAUACGCCAAAAAAUCCCAGCUGUUCCGAACUGGCCGGCUUCCCGGAGGAACAGAAGUGUUGGGGGAGAGAAAAUGGUCAGUGGGAAGCUGUCCGUGCAUGACAACGGAGGAGCAAAAACAUGGAAGGAAAGGAAAAUAGAUUAACUAUUUUGAGAGAAAAAAACACCAAGUUCUGUGGGGACUUAGCAGUUUAGCAGUUAGAGAAACUGAACUCUUCAGGCUCACACUAUGCUGUGGCUCACGGUUAAUGUUGCAGGCAGGCUGGGGCUGAGCUGGCCGAGGCGGUGCCUGUCAGAAAAGAUGAAGACUUGUUUGGUGUGUUGAUGUUCUUGUUCUAUUUUUAUACAGGGGUUUAUGGAAGUGACCAUGACAAGCCCAAAGUGGCUUACUGUGCAAUAAUUUCUGAGUGGAAAUGCGCCUGGGAGCUCGAUCUUAUGUGUAUAUAUGGGUAUUCAAUGACGAUAAAACAUUUCCAGCUCGCCGCUGAUUUGACAUGAAGUAACCUUUUUUUUUGUGUUAAUUGUUGUUGUUAUCGAUUCCGUAUUUUUUGGCACAUACAAUUGAGCUGUUACGUUUGGCACAAAUUAGAUAGACAAAAUCUUUUUUUUUUCCCGGUGUCUCAGUUGUCUGUGUAUAUUUGUUUCAUUCUUUUGACUCUUCAAAAAUACUAUACAUGAAAAUAUUCACGUUGUCUGUGUUUUUUGUUUUCUAACUGUUUUUCCAUCGACCAUCACCAUACCAUUUGUUUUUAGUAAUACAUUUACUGCCAUAAAGAGCUUUGUACCACAAGUUUACUGAAAGCAGAUAUAUUGCUCCUCAAACAAAGUGGUGGUUAUCCUGUUUUAAGUAUUAUUUCAGUUGUAAAAUAGAUUUGAGGACUAUUCACUGUUUCUUUUGAAAUAAUUGACCCUCGCUUCUAACUUGUCCCUCUUUUAAUGUAGUGUCUAACCUCUCUAGAUAUAUUUUGGUAUAGUUCCCCUUAUAGUGUCUGUUAUUACAUUUACCCUGUCUCUGAGUGUGACCGAGUAUGAUUUACCACAUUACAAAGUAACACAGUUCUGAGAUGACCGUGAAUUAUCCCUCUGGCAUCAAACGAGACAUUGUAUCAAGGGUCAUGGUUAAAAGUCAUAACUGCCAUAGAAGCAAGGUACUGUAACCCCUUUCUAAUAUUUUGAAACCUCCCAGUCCUGCCUCUAAGCUAAGCUAACGGGGAGCUCUUGUUCUGCCACCUCGCUUAAUGCCAAGCUUGGCUGUCACGUGCAGUACUAGUGCCUCUAUCGAUGCCUUAACUAACACCUAUCUUUUCACCACUGGAUCUUUUUGCGGCACUGUACAGUACAGGCCAUCAUCGCGUGCGGACAGAAGCAGCCGAGAAGGCUGGGGUCGACUACACGGUCUGCGGAUACAAACCAACCCUUCAGCAGCAGCAGUCAACUCUGUAAUACAUUCAAACGGAUAUUAACGCAGUUUGCACACAGUUUCACUCCAAAGAGCCUGUCAUAGAGCAUUUGUUUUAAAACAAAAUUUCACUAAUGGAAUCUGUGCUGCUUUGGUUUUCAAGGCACUUUGGACUAUUAGGCCUUCAGAUAAUGUGUAUUUUAAUAUGACUUUGAUCUGGUGCUGAAUCUGAUAUUUGAAAGGAGAAUUGAGAUCCUGAGCAACGUGUAGUCUAGGCCUAUUCCGCACAGGCUGUGCUGAAGCAGAACAGUCUGUUAUGAUGGCUGUGAGAGUGUGUGUGACCCCGCGCAGAACUUUUGAAUCUCAACAAAAGGCGAGUCACUGAAAAUCCUUACAUAAUGCAUGCUGUUUCAAACAAGGCGAUGUGCAGCCACUUAGCUGCUAAUUAUGUUGAUGCUCAGUUUUGGCCCCAGCUAGUAUUUGCAUUAGCGUUAGCGUUACAACUCAAACAAUGGCAGAAUAGACAACGAAAGAGAAAACAGGGUCGUAUUCAGUAAGGCAUGCAACAUUUUAAAAUGUUUGCAACGGAAAAUGGAAUUGAGAGUUUCUCAUUGUAUAAGAGGGUCCGGCCUGCGAGGGGGUCCAAUCCAUCCCGGGGGUGGUUUGAGUAAAAUAACUCAAUAUACUUUAAAAUGACUAAAACCAAAUCGAAACUGUCUAGAAAUGAGAAUGGACCUAUAUUUAAACAGUUUUCUGACUGUGUCCAGCUCGCUAAUAAUCACCUAAAUUAAAGCUAGACAGUCAGGGAGUAUCGAAAAUUCAAAAAACGAUGGAUAGAGGACUAUAUUUUGCCAAUUUUGACGGUGUGGAAAUAUAACACAUUUUCAGUGCUGCACUCCGGACCUCGUUGAAGACCGAAUGCAGCCCCCGGGGCAAAAUUUGUUUGACACCCCUGAUGAAUACGACCCAGAAACAAAGACAAAACAUGGAGUCAUAUACUAGUGUCUGAAUAAAUGAGGAAAAGUAUACUUCUAGUUAAAUACACUUUGCACGCGCAAUCAUAAUAUUUGUGUGGCAGUGUCCUUGUGGUUUGAACAGAAGUUACUUUGCGUAUAGGUUAUAUACAUACUGUUGCUACUGCUGCACCCAAAACCUCAUGAUUAUUCAACGUAUAGUCCUCUCAAGAAAGAAUGAGAGAGUUGAGGGAGACUACAAGACAAAGUAAGCAAAUUGAGAUUCUCUUUAGGAGUUUGCACAGCUAUAGAGAAUACAAAGCAUUUAUCUAUCCACAAAAUAUCUAUGUAGAGGGUUAAUAAAUUAUAUUUUUUAGAAUUCUCACCUAUUCUUCCUGUCUUACAGUUGCUAUGAUCAUUUACAGUACAUUGGUGUAUAUUGGUGCUCUACAAACUCUGUACUUGGAUAUGACAGGUCUAUAACAGUUUACCACACAUUUGUAGCUUGUACAUUUACAGUAUAUGAAAUGAUAACCAUCUGCAAAAAAGUACACAUCCUUCAUCUGAGCCAAUAAAGUAAAAAAUAUAAACCCCUAUUUCUCUUCCACUGGUUCCUAAACCUAUUCCCUAACGGCAUAUCUUGGCUUUUCAUUUGUAAUUACAGUCUGUGGUAUUUGAUUGAUAAAUGUAACUGUUGUACAUUAUUCUUCUUCUCUGGUUGGAAAACAAAGCAUGUCUGUUGUGUGUCUCCGGUCGGUUCAUGAAAGACGCUCAUAACUCUCUACUGUCUGUCCAAUGAUGCUCUCUCACUGUGGAGGUCAAGCUUUUAUGCCUCGUUCCAAAUGGCACCCAAAAUCAGGGAUUUUGGAGAUUUUCGUUUUUGGUCAAAAAAGACUGUAAAAUGACCAGGAAUUCAGCAAAAAAUUUAUUUACUUUAGGAAAACUGUUCCCAAGUAUUCCCACAAAUAGAAAAAGAGACGUGAUCGUAUCUCAAUGUAAUCAAUAUAUUAAAUAAUUGUUAUUUUCAAAUACAAUCUCUGUUUGGGCUUAGUUGUGGUCAAUUUGCAGUUUACAAAUUAAUAUAAUUAUGUUCCGGCCCCCCAAAAAUCGUCCCGUGGCUUAAUCUAUUUGCCUACCCAUGCCCUACAUAGUGCACUUAUUUUGAUUUGUCAAAAGUAGUGCACUAAAUAGGGGAUAGGGUGCCAUUUGGGAGGCAACUUUUGUGUCUCGCCAAGGCGGUUUUGAGUGACAGCCCCCUGAAAGGGAUUCCAGUGUAUGACUUUUAUUUGGAAAGACACCUCUGUAUUAGAACCAUAUAAAACUGUCAUAUUUGAUGUGGGACUGUUUAUGGCUAGACCUGUUUAUGAGUUUCUGCUUUGGGCUCGGAGACUCUGGGAAGAGCAGGGCGGUCACUAUACAAGUGUACUGUAUGUACUUUAACAGUGAGUGUCUGUCUAUAGUUCCGCAGUUAAAGUAAAUACUCUAUAUUCACGACUUUUCUAUGCAUAUAUCCAUUACUAUUUUUGCACUGACCUAUGGAUGGACAGCUGGAUUUUAUUUUUUCACAAAGGGUGCUAUUAUAAUGGAGGCCUUCUCCCGGACAACACCUUUUUGCAUGACCUGCUUAAUAUUCCCCCCUAUGACGGAUCUAUGACUAUGAACCUCUCCUCCUCUAUUCUUAAACAGUUGUGGUUUAAGCACUGUAAUUUUGUAAUCCCUUCCCUACUUGUAAGGUUUGAAAUAAACCGAGGCUAAAAGAUUGA